AUGGCAACCAUCACAGGUAUCAGUGGUAACCAAUAUAUACCAGGAGCAAAGGAAUACGAUGAAGUAAAGUAUCAGUACGCGACAUCAACUUAUGGCAAGGAACGCGACCUCAACCCAGGAUUAAUUGUCCAACCUAAGACGAAGGAGGAUAUUGUACUAACCCUCAAGUAUGCUAAAGAGAAGAAAAUCGCGGUAGCCAUCAAGACAGGCGGCCACCAAUAUAGUGGAGCUUCGUCUACGAGCGCUCCAAAUAUUCAGCUGGACCUAGAGCAUUCAUUUAGGGGUCCAGAGGAUCGAGCUAUCUUCGAGAAAGAUGGAAAGGCAUAUGCUCGUACCAGCGUUAGCUGGAGCCUUGGGGAAUUCAAUGCUUGGGUUACGGAACAUAAGCUGUUUGUACCUCAUGGGCAAUGCACUGAGGUUCAUGUCGGCGGACACGCACAAACUGGAGGUUACGGUCAACUGGGACGUAGUUUCGGGUUAUUCGGGGACCACAUACUAUCUCUCGAGAUCGUAGACACUGACGGAAACUUCAAGGAAAUCACCAAAUCUACUGACCCAGAUCUCUUUUGGGCUUUCUUAGGUGGCAGUCCCGGUAACCUUGGAGUCUUGACUCAUUUCACUAUCCAGAUGCACCGCGACCAAGACUAUAACGGCUCUAAGGGUAUGAAGGCAAUGUACCUCUACGACACCCAAACCUUGAAGCGUCUAGUUGACAUCCUUGUUGAGAUGUCUGACAAUGAAAACUUUCCUCGCAACUACGACUUUUGUAUCAGCGUGCUUAGCUCGGCAUUUCCUCUACUCGAUCUAUGCCCAGGAAUUGACGAGUGGAUGGCACGGAAGCACCCAGAGUACUACGGCAAAAAUGGACUGAUUGCGUGGCCGCGUACCAUUGUCGUGUUUGCGCAGUGGGUGCCGUUCGAGAGUGGUGACGUGUGCGAUAAUUCAUGGUUUGAUCGUAUUAAGGAGGGCUCCGACUGGAUUCUUGGUAACAGCAAUGUUCAGGAGAAGCCCAUGUCGCAGCUCACUGGUGACUGGAUUUUCCGUAACGUGCGCGAGUUUGAACACCCAUACGUCAAGCGUACUUACAGUACUCGUUCGCACACGCUUGCUAAAGACGGUUGGGCCGACUGGGUUGUCAACCGUAUCGAUUCUAUCAUUCGACCCGAACACAACCGGUGCUGGUUGUCGGCACAGCUACAGUGUUUCGGUGGGAAGAACUCCAUGUUCACGCGGAAUGCAGGAAACGGUACGGCGUACAGCUGGCGAGACACGAGUAUCUUGUGCACAAUGGACUGCUUCCACAGCGAUGAAACUAAAACGCGAGCUGAAGACUGGCAAAAGGUGAACGAUGAGGAGGCCAUCGGCCCCAACGGUAUCUUUUCAAAAGAGGACCGCCGUGUGCUCUGGGGCUCGUACGGAGAAUGGGAUUUGGAUGCUGUGUGGAACUGUUACUAUGAAGAUAGGGUAAAGUAUGACAAACUUCGUGAGAUUAGAAAGAGAGUUGAUCCUUAUGGGAUCUUCACGCCAAAUCCCUUUUCCGUCAAGCGAGCAGAAUAA